GAUUUCGAGGAUUUCGCACUGGCUUUCGGUGCACCCUUGGCAGGUAUUGAGGCCGGCUUUGCGCUGCCGGGUAUUUCUUGAUUGGCAGAUUCGAGUCUUUCAAUGCUAGGGGGAGCAAAAGCAUUGGGCUGUCCGGUUUUCGGUUGACUGCUACUUUUCUUCGGCGAGGUUUGAGGCUUGGAUCUUGACGAGGAUGGUGAUGUUGCAUCCUUUGAUGGGGCCGACUCUCUUCCGUGGCGUUGGUUCCUGUGCACUGAAGCUGUUCAUCCUCCGCCGUUUCACGGCCGGUACCCAAAUGAAUGGUACUGCCAGUGAUGCGAAGGCAGAGAGGAAAACCGCCGUGAAAAUCGCCGUGAAAACCGCCGCUCCCGAGCCAAAAGUGCUGUAUCCUUGUGAAUCCCUGGACCAGCUCCAGUUGUUGCUGGAGCAUCUUCACCAGAAUGCGACUCAGAGUUUAAUCCCCGAGAGCGUGCUGUUCCAGGCAUCCUUUACUACUGAGGUCGUGUUCGAUGCCAGCAACCCGGCUGCAGAGGCAGCAUCAACCACCAAAAGCCCGGACGGGACACCUAGAACCACAUGGGACUUCGACAUUCCCCCAUCAAUUUCGGUGGAAGAUGUGGUCUCCGACUUCAAGAGCGAGGAACAGAAGCUUGAAAUGCGGAAAGCAGUCUUAAAGUCGUUGAUCGCAGGCAUAGAUAAGGGGGAUGAUUUUGCCUACCAAAAGUCGCACGAGUGGCAGAACCAAGCCAUUAGCGCUUUUUGCUACAAGUUUCUAUGCAAAUCAUCUCUAGUUGCACGCUCGAGGACCAGGAGGGCUAAAAGAACAGAGAACGGAGACUAAUCUUCAAGAUGGUGAGGAAUACGGGGGCUUGGAUAAUACAUAUCUAAUUUCAUGGAAUCGAACCCGGGUGACAAAACACUGUAAUUAGGUGAAGGAGAUCAGUUUGACUGCAAAGGAAUCGUGGUCAUCAAAUUUCUUGAGCCGAUGCAAAGAAUCGAUGUCAUAUAUUCUCAUAUUCCCAUUCAUCAGGAAGAGGCGCCGGUCGGCACCCCCACAGUUGAGGAAACUACACUAAAUGGAAUGCCCCUUGAGGAUCCUAGCCCGGACGUACCUUCGAAGCCAACCCCUAAACCCAGGAAGAGGAAAUCUGUGAAAGCCGAUCAAGAUGAAGGAUCCAAAGCUAGAUUCUUCUCAAAUACUGUGGAUGCAUGUUCGAAUUCGGUAGAAUACGCCGCAUGAGGUUGGAA